AUGAAUGUCCUAGGUGUUGUUGAUCAAAAUAUGGAGUUCAUUUAUUGUUUGGCUGGUUGGGAGGGGUCGGCUCAUGAUGGGAGGGUUUUGAGAGGUUACUACUACUUAUGUGAUGCUGGUUACAGCAAUUGCGAAGGGUUCCUAUCUCCUUUUCGAGGUCAACGUUAUCAUCUAAAAGAGUGGGGUGGUAGACGACCAAGAAGUCCUGAAGAAAUGUUUAAUAUGAGGCAUUCAACAGCAAGGAAUGGUGUAGAACGAGCUUUUGGCAUACUGAAGAUGCGUUGGGCAAUAUUAAGAGACACCACUUGGUUUUCAAACAAAAUGGUCACAAAAAUCGUCAAUGCCUGUUGUUUGUUGCACAACUUCAUUCGUGGAGAGAAUGGUGCUGAUGUGUUUGAGCGUUUGUACGUUGAUGAAGACCCAGAUGAAGAAACAGAAGAUGUGGACGAGGAUCUGAUACUCCAUAUUCAACCUUCAGUCCAAUGGACAGAGUUUAGACAACAAUUGGCUGGAGAUUUAUGGGCUGCUAGAAGCUGGGCUACUAGUUGA